AGACGAAUUUCAACAAAUUUGGAAUUUGGAAAGGUUUUGCUAAGAAUACUUUGGAUACCAUUUCGCAAUUUUUUCUCAGUCACGUAUUCUGAGUUGGAUAGUUCGUUGCCAUGGUAAUGUAGGUUCUUCAACAAACUCAACAGAACUCCAAUUAAAUUCCAACUCAGAGCAAUAGCCGAGUAACAACAGUGUCUAUACAGCAUGUUUUCGCAAAAUAUGAUUAUUCGCGAUGGUGAAUAUACGAAAACAAUUUACACCAUGAUCAAGGAGGAACGAUUCCAGGAUGCAAUCAACACGCUCAACACUAUUCCAGAAUCGUCCACGACGCGUGCCGGCCUUUCGCUGCUCGGCCACUGCUACUACCAAACGCAGGACUUUAUCGAGGCGGCCAACUGCUACGAACAUCUGCUCAAUCUCGUGCCGGAUGUGCAGGAGUACCGCCUGUACUACGCCCAGUCCCUCUUCCAGGCGGGCCUGUUCGAGGAGGCGCAGAAAAUCAUCGCCACCGGGCUGGACUCGCCCGAGCUGAAGGAAAAGGUGCUCCAGCUGCAGUCGGCCAUCGCUUACGGGAAUGAGGAUUACACUGCGGCACAGUCGCUGCUGCUGCAGCGCCAGGACGGUAAUGGGCAGGAGGCGAGCACCAAAAACGACGAGGGCUGUCUGCUGUACCAGGCGAACAUGUACGAGGAUGCGCUGCAGCGCUACGUGUCGGCGCUGCAGGCCGGUGGGUUUAACCCGCACGUCGCCUACAAUGCGGCGCUGUGCCACUAUCGGCGCAAGGAAAACUCGCAGGCGCUCAACUACAUCGCCGAGAUUGUGGAGCGUGGCAUACGCAACCAUCCGGAGCUGGGCGUCGGUGCGCAGGCGGAAACGGAAGGCGGUGCGCGUAGUGUGGGCAAUCCUCCCGCGCUGGCUGCCUCCGGGCUUGCGCAAGCCUUCAAUCUUAAGGCGGCCAUCGAAUACCAGGAAGGCAAUGCGGACGGUGCGCGGGAAGCUUUGACCGAUCUACCGCCACGCUCGGAACCGGAGCUCGAUCCGGUCACGCUGCACAACAUGGCACUGACUGAUCCGACCGGCGGCGGGGCCGGCUUGCGUCGGUUGGCCUUUCUGCUCGAGCUCGGCCCGCCGGCCUGCCCGCCGGAAACGUUCGCCAAUCUGCUGCUGCUCUGCUGCAAGCACGAAAUGUACGACACGGCCGCGGACAUCCUGGCCGAGCAUACGCACCUGACGUACAAGUACCUGUCGCCGUACCUGUACGAUCUGCUGGACGCACUGAUUACCGCCCAGUCGACGCCGGAAGAGGCAGAACAGAAGCUCGGCACGCUGGCGAGCAGCAUCGGGGGCAGGCUGCGUGCGCUGGCGGCCAAGGUGCAGGAGUGCCGGUCGGCCACGGAUCAGAACGCGCUGCGCAUGGCGCUGCGCGAGUAUGAGGGAGCGCUCGAGAGCUACCUGCCGGUGGCGAUGGCCCGCGCCUGGAUACCGUGGCGCAUGGACGAUUUUCAGGGCGCCGAGCGGGAGUUUCGGGCCAGCGCCGAGUUCUGCUCGGAGACGCCCUCCUGGCGGCUGCACGCCGCCCACGUGCUUUUUAUGCGCGGCGAUCGGUACAAGGAGGCGGCCGCCUUCUACGAACCGAUCGUGCGCCAAAACUACGACGACAUACUGUCGAUACCGGCCUCGGUGCUGGCGAACCUGUGCGUCGCGUACAUCAUGACCUCGCAGAACGAGGAAGCGGAAGAGCUGAUGCGCAAGGUGGAACGGGCGGAGGAGCGCAAGGGCAACGCGACGGGGCAGUGUUUGCAUCUGUGCAUCGUCAACCUCGUGAUCGGGACGCUGUACUGCGCGAAGAACAAUUACGAGUUUGGCCUGUCGCGGAUCGCGCACGCACUGGACGGUGGCUCGGGAGCGCGCCUGUGCGCCGACACGUGGAUCCACGUGAAGCGGUGCGUGCUUGGGCUGCUCACCGGCAUGGCGAAGCAGACGAUCGUGCUGCCGUCGAUCGCGCUGCAGGAAACGCUGAAUUUCCUGCGCGCUUGCGAAGCGUACGGCCUUACCAUUCCGUCUGUGUUGACCGGACCGCUGGAGGAUUCGGGCGAGCAGCCACCAACGAUCGGGCUGGAGGCCCGGAAGCUGCGUGCACUGUUGCUACGGUUGAUGGAGUACAAGUAGAGGAGAUCUUAACCGUAAUGCUGAACUAGAAAGUGCUCUACCGUGCUCUUAUAUGGUAAGUACAAGGUAAGGAGUUCAUUUUUGGAGUUAGAACUUCGCUUUAAACCUGUUUUAUUGUAUUUAUCAUAAAAAAAUAAUUGUAACAAUAUUCAUAUCAUCCACCCGAA